AUGCUGACCGUGCAUCUCCAUGCACAAGUGGAAAAAAGAUUGGAUGACUGGAAGCUGGGGGAAGCCAAAGGGGACUUCCUGGUUAGAAAAACUGGUGAAGAGGAGCGAGAUAGAAAGGCAGGGGAGGAAUCUUCUAUCCAGAAGACCUUCGGGCCAGGACAGGGGGAUGAGUUUCACUACAACAUCACCCAGAGAAGCCAACUUCCAGAAAAGUUCAUAUCUUUUUUGAAUCCCCAAACACCCAUACAGCUAAUGCCACACACGGUGGUGCUGCACGGUCCGGCGGGCGUGGGGAAGACCACUCUGGCCAAGAAGUGCACGCUGGACUGGACGCAGGACAGCCUCGCGCAGGCCCGCCGCGUUGCCUUCUAUCUCAGCGGCAAGGUGCUCAGCCGCAAGGGGACUUGCUCCUUCGCAGAGCUGCUGGCCGAGAGCGCCCCAGACCCGCAGCGCGCCCUUCCGCAGGUCCUGGCCCAGGCGCACAAGCUCCUGCUGGUCAUUGACGCUUUCGAGGAGCUGCGCGGGCCCUGGUGCACGGGCGCGCUGGAGCACGACCUGGGGGGCGACUGGAGGACGCGGAGGCCUGCGCCGGUCCUCCUGGGCAGCCUGCUGAAGAGAAAGCUCUUCCCCACGGCCACCCUGCUGGUCACCACGCGGCCCGAGGCCCUGAGGGAACUGCGGCUCCUGGUGCAGCAGCCGCUCUUGGUGGAGAUGGAGGGGCUCUCCGAGCGCGACAGGAGGGCGUAUUUCCUGCGACACUUGGGAGAGGAGGCUCAGGCGCUGCGCGCUUUCCAGCUGAUGAGAAGCAACUCGGCGCUGUUCCGCAUGGGCGCGGCGCCCGCCGUGUGCUGGAUGGCGUGCACCUGCCUGAGGCUGCAGAUGGCCGAGGGCGCGGACCCCCGGCCCACCUGCCAGACCGCCACGUCGCUGCUGCUGCACUUCCUCUGCAGCCGGUUUGCGCCUGCGCGGGGCCAAGGCCCGGGUCCGCACCUCGCGGCUGCCCUGCAAGCCCUGUGCCUGCUGGCCGCCGAGGGCACGUGGGCGCAGACCUCGGCGUUCGAUGGACUCGACCUGCGCAGGCUGGGCGUGCACGAGUCUGACCUGCGCCCUUUCCUGGACCGGGGCAUCCUCCAGAAGGACAGAGACACUGGGGGCUGCUACCGCUUCGUCCACCUGAGCAUCCAGCACUUCCUGGCUGCUGCGCUCUGCGUCCUGGGGAACGAGGGCCGCCAAGACGCGGGGAGCCCCGUCUGGCACGCUGGGGGUGUGCAGAGGCUGCUCUCCAAGGAAGAAGGCUUCAAGAACCCCCACCUGGCCCCCGUGGGGCGCUUCCUGUUUGGCCUCGCCAAUGAAAAGAGGGCCAGGGAGCUGGGGAGAACCUUUGGCUGCCCGGUGUCCACGGAGGUCAAGCGGGAGCUACUGGAAUGCACAGUGCGGUCCCCUGAACACAGACCCUUCUCCUCGGUGACAGACACGAAGGAGACCUUGUAUUGUCUCUACGAACCCCAGGAGGAGCAGCUUGUGAAGGAGGCCAUGGCCCAGGUCACGGAAGUGUCCCUGCAUUUGGAAGAUACCUCGGACCUGGAGCACGCAUCGUUCUGCCUCAAGCAUUGUGACCGCUUGCAGAAAAUGUGGCUGCGGGUGGCAAAGAGGACGUUCCUGGAGAACGAUACCGCAUGGGGAUCAGAGGCUCAGGCUGACCGGUCACAGCACGACCAUUUCUCUCUCCAUCUCUCAAUCCAUUUCUGCUCCGUGUUCAGUUCAAACAAGAACCUGCAUUUCUUAGAUGUGAGCCAAGCUUCCUACGUCACUCCUCAGAUUCUUUGUGAGCAAAUCACUCGUGUCACCUGUCAUCUCCAGAAAGUGGUGUAA